AUGGCUUUCAUUACUGCCCAGACGAUGCAGACCGCCCUUCUCGUCGUCGCUCUCACCCUAGCAAUGGUGCUAUGGAAGCGCAAAGCCAAAGCAGGUCUUCCUCUCCCCCCAGGCCCGAGACCGCUGCCCUUCAUAGGUAACCUAUUCGAUAUGCCAACGAAGCAUAUCGCGCCGGCCCUACGAGAAAUCGGAAGCCGAUAUGGCGAACUGACGUACCUCAACAUGCUGGGCCAGCCGAUCAUUAUCUUGAACUCGUACGAAGCCGCUAUCGGACUUCUAGAGGGUCGUUCGGCGAACACCUCGGACCGGCCGAGACUCGUCAUGGCCGAACUAACCGGGUAUAUGUACGAGUUUGCUGUCCAAGGCUACACACAAGAAUGGCGGAUACGCCGCCGACUCUUCCACACUUUCUUCCAGCCCAGCGCGAUUCCUCAGUAUCAUCCCGUGCACGUUCGCGAAUGUCAGCGCUUCCGUCAACGGCUGCUCGCCACGCCCGAGGAAUUCCUGUCUCUCGCUCGCCACGCGACAAUCAUGGACGUCGUGUAUGGGAUCACUGUUACCGAGCGCGACGACCCUUAUGUUUCGCUCGCGCAGAAGGCGACGAUCAUCUUCAGUAGAAUUGUCGUCCCGGGACAGUACCUGGUGGAAGUACUCCCGUUUCUCAAGCACGUUCCCUCCCAGCUUCCCGGCGCAGGCUUCAAGCGGCAGGCAAAACAGUGGUCGAAGACUAUAUCGGCUGCACGAAAUACCGCUUACGAUGCCACCCUCGACGCUUUUGAUCAGGGGGCUGCCCGUCCUUCGAUAGUCACAUCACUUGUGGAGAACGCUAUGUCUGACCAUGGGAAGGUGUCCCCGCAAGAUGACGAAUAUUUCAGAGACGUCACAGGGCUAGCGUAUUUGACAUACCCGGAGCCUGACGCGUUUAUUCCAGAACGGUUCAUGAAGGAUGGGACGUAUGGCUCCGAUAUCAGGGAUCCAGAGACGUAUCAGUUUGGAUUCGGCCGCAGAAUCUGCCCCGGACGGCACUUCGCGAACGACGCGCUCUUCAUCACCGUCGCCUCCGUGUUGCACGUCUUUAACAUCGAGCCUCCCCUCGGGCCAGACGGAGAACCAUUGCAGAUCGUUCCCCACAUCAAUUUGGACUCUUUCCUGUCGUAUGCAUGCUGUGCAUCUUCUACCGACCGCAAUCCACUGAAAAAUUCCGCCCAGGUACCCUGA